UGACGUGUUUUGUCACCCACAGGGCUCCACGUGACGAUCACUUAACGUAUCAGCAACACAGCCUACUACUCCUCAGUUAACUUCUUUUGAACAGUAAGACUUAAAGAGUUAAAAGUAAGUUACUAAUUUUGUGUCUCCUCUCAUUUUCAAACACUUGCUCUGUAGAGACAGAUAGAAACCAGCUGCUUCUUCUUCUUCUCCUUGUUACAUUGUUUUUGGUUAUUUCUGUUUGCUUAUUGAAUUACCUAAAAUAGACAAAAGACAAAGACAAUCUUCAGUUCAUCCGUUGCUGUUCUAAUUUUCACAGUUUCUUAUAGGCGGCUAUUCGCAAUUUUAGGAAUCCAUUUAAUCUUACCAUGAUUUUUUUUUAUUUAUUUUUUCUCUACUGACCCAAGUCUUCUUCCUUUGAUUCUUUAAUUUCAAUUUGGUUUCUUGGAAAAAAAAAAGAUUGAGAGCAAAGAAUACGAAUCAUUGUUUGAAUCCACAUCACGAAACUGACCUCAAAUUUUUCCAGUUUUUGUUACAUAUACAAAAAGGCUCCUCUCUUUUUGUUUCCCCUUCUUCUAAAUAUCAUACAUUUGAUUUUAGGAUUUUUGUUAAAUCCAAUAAGUUCCAGGAUUGUUUGUUCCUCUGUGGGGAUUGGUUGUGGUGUGGGGUGCAAUAUCAUUCUUCAGUGAAGGAAAAGAAGAAGAAAAGAUUAGGAGGCUAAUCAAAACAUACAGUUUCCUGAUUCCGGUCAGGAAACUGUGGACGGUUCAAGGAAUCAAGAAACUGUGUAGAAUUAUGGGCUGCAAUUGCACCAAAGGAACACGAGCAAAUGAUAACGUCGAGAACGACACCAUUAUCAACAAUGUUAAUGUGAAGGAGAAACGACGCAAGCCUAAUAAAACCUCCAAGAAGAAGAAGAAAAAGUUUGUUUCCUCUGCCAAAGACAACAACAAUGUAGGAUCAGAGUCAGAGGGAAGCGGUAACAACAACAACAACAACAAUGACUCCACCACAUUGAGGUUGUUGAUACCCAUUGCUGAUGCCAAGAACAAUGAUGAGGUUGUUGCGGAGAAGAAGGUGCAUCUCGAGAGAAAGUCUUCUAGAUCGUUGUUUCAGAGACGGCCCACCACCGCUGAGGUGGUUGACAACAACACAGGGACAUUGCAACAACCUAUGAUGACUAGAAUAUGCAGCAUUAGUAAUGGGGAAAGAGGUGCUCAGGUUAUGGCUGGUUGGCCUUCUUGGUUGGCUUCAGUUGCUGGAGAAGCUAUCAAUGGGUGGAUUCCACGCAAGGCUGAUUCUUUCGAGAAGUUGGAAAAGAUUGGACAAGGGACGUAUAGCAGUGUCUACAAAGCCAGGGAUUUAGAGACGAACCAAUUAGUUGCACUGAAGAAAGUGCGGUUUGCUAAUACGGAUCCGGACAGUGUUCGGUUCAUGGCAAGAGAAAUAAUCAUCCUUCGAAGGCUUGACCAUCCUAAUGUUAUGAAGCUUGAGGGUUUGAUCACUUCAAGAGUAUCAGGGAGUAUGUAUCUUAUAUUUGAAUAUAUGGAACACGAUCUUGCUGGCCUUGCUUCAACCCCUGGGGUUAACUUCUCCGAGGCACAGAUUAAGUACUAUAUGAAACAGUUGCUUCAUGGUCUAGAACAUUGUCAUAGCCGAGGUGUAUUGCAUCGUGACAUCAAGGGCUCUAAUCUUCUUCUUGACCAGAGCAACAAUCUCAAAAUUGGAGAUUUCGGUCUUGCCAACUUUUACGGGAGCCACCAGAAGCAGCCUCUCACUAGCCGUGUUGUAACUUUGUGGUACCGCCCACCUGAACUAUUGCUCGGGUCAACAGACUAUGGAGUUACUGUGGAUCUGUGGAGCACAGGAUGCAUACUAGCUGAACUCUUUAAUGGGAAGCCUAUCAUGCCCGGUAGAACCGAGGUAGAACAACUACACAAGAUCUUCAAACUUUGUGGCUCACCUUCUGAAGAGUAUUGGAAAAAAUCCAAACUUCCACAUGCUACCAUCUUUAAACCUCAACAACCUUACAAAAGGUGUGUAGCCGAGUCAUUUAAGAGUCUUCCAUCUUCAGCUUUGGCCCUAGUUGAGGUUCUUUUAGCUGUAGAACCAAAUGCUCGUGGAACCACAGAUUCUGCCCUUCAAAGCGAGUUCUUUACGACAAAGCCUUUUGCAAGUGAGCCCUCAAGUUUACCAAAGUACCAACCGAGAAAGGAAAUUGAUGUCAAGGCUCGAGAUGAGGAAGCAAAACGAAAGAAAGGCACUAGCAGUAAACAAAAUGAGUCAAAACAAGUAUCUAAAGGUGCGUCGGCUCCAGAUGCCAAUGCUGAGUUGCUGACAUCAAUACAAAAACGUGAAAAGUUCAAUCCUGGUGAAGAUGCAGCUAGAUACCGAAUAGAACCACUGAAGAGUGGAACUCCACAAGUCGGUAACACUCGUUAUGGUGUGUCCUCGGUAAAUAGAUAUGGAGAUAAUGUUAUGAGGGGUUCCAGCCGGUCUCCUAGAAAAGAAUUGAGGACACAGCGGUCUUUUGUCCAACGCGGAGCAUCCCAAUUGACAAGAUUCUCAAACUCGGUAGCUGCUAGAGAUGGAUCACAUUUCGCUAUAGCAAAUCCACGGUGGCUUGAAGAUAGUUAUAACAGCAGGCAGAACGAUGGUGAUUGGUCCCAACGUUUCCUGGUUAAACCCAAAGGUUAUACAAAACACAAAGAAUAUAUACCGGGUCACGGUGAAAAGACAGAGAGAAUGCACUGCUCAGGGCCAUUGGUUUCUGCAGGAGGAAACUUAAAUGAAAUGUUGAAAGAACAUGAAAGACAGAUUCAGGUAGCAGUUCGCAAAGCUCGGGCGGGUAAGAAGACGAAUAGAGAUGAUAACGGAUAGGUUCAAGCGUUUCUCGCUGCAACUGGCAGGUGAAAUAUAUAUCAGAGAAGAAGAAGCAUAAAAGGAAGAAACAACUUUUGAGAUAUCAGGAAAAGGAAUGAAAGAAUGUGUUGAGGUUCUGCAAUGUACAGUUAACUGAUCUUUAGUGGGGUCGAAAGCUAAUAUUUGUGUAAUCUUUAUUUUAAUCUUGUUCUUGUAAAAUUUAACAUUGUGUAGUCUUAGUAGAUAGAAUCAAUAAUUAUUGUGUGUACUACUUGGUA